AACAUGGCUGGCCAGUGCUCACCUCUCCCUUUCUCCUCACUUGCCCAUUUUUCUACAAAGCUAGUCUCACUCAGUCAAUCGGAUCCCCCUUUCUCUCUUCUUCUCCACCGCCUUCUCAACUGCAAAAUUUUCAAUCUUUUCUAAGCUACACUACACACACACUCUCUCUCUCUCUCACUAUAUCCCAUGUCAGAAAGAACAUCAGCUUGACUCAAAAAGUUUGUGGUGUGAUGGCCAUUUUUUAAAUUCUACAUCACCUUCCUAGACCCACACUGUGGUCGCGACAGUUGGAACUUCAAAUCAAACGCCGCAAGCGAGUAAACUCAGCUUUUGUUGACGAGUGAGAGAAAGAAAUGAGUAACAAUGAGUGGCAUGACCAUCAUUUGAGUAGUGUGUUGCAGCCUGAAUUUGCAGAGGACUUAAUAAAAUGCUUUCCCGAGGAUGGUGGUUUAAGUCUCGAGGAAAUUCGUAUACAGCAGGAAAGUCUCUAUCUCGCAUUUCAAAAACAUGGGAAAACCCAAAGCACAUCUUCUGAGCAUGGUGAAACUAGUCGUAGCAACCCAUUUACAGUGCAAGAGCGUGCUUCACAAUUGGCUCUUGAUGAGGCUUUAGCCAGAUCGUUAGAGAUGGGCGAUGGUUUUGACGAUAUCCAUACCUUGGCUGGAGCCAGUGGAUCCCAACACCGAGAGCCUCCUGUCAGGGCUGAAAUUUCAAAUACUGCUGGAGAUGCCAUUGAUCUAGAUAACAUGAGCUACGAGGAAUUGCAGUCAUUAGGAGAUGCUCUCGGCCACGAGAGCAAAGGGCUGUCAGAUGACAUUAUAUCUCGACUGCCAACCUUUAAAUACAAAUCUUGGUUUUCCAUUUGGAAAAAGAAAAGCAAGGACGAGUGCGUGAUUUGUUGCUCGCAAUAUGCAAAUAGAGAUAAGUUGGCGAGUUUGCUUUGUGCGCAUACAUUCCAUUUUAACUGCAUAAAGCGCUGGCUCAAAGAAAAGAAGAAUUGCCCUGUUUGUAACAUGGAGGUAGCUGAUGCCUGAGCAUGGCAAAGCUUGGAUGGAAUUUUACAGUGCAAUUUCUUGUUUUGUAGGGGAAUUAGGCCAAAUUUACAUUUUACUUUCAUGCUGUAACUUUUUAGAUUUAAUUUUUUUACAGCUCUUGAAACUGGGGAGUGGGAAGAGUGUUCUGUCUUCUGCUUCAUGCUUUGAAUCAAUGGCUUCUUUUAUACU